GGUACGCGCGUACCCCGUGACCCGCAGCCUGGCGCCGCCGCAGUGGAUCUCGGCCCCGGGCAAAGUCUCCAGUUUACAGAAGCCCCUGAUCCGGGCGAGCUCCGCUGCCCCGGAAACCCGGCCCGCCUCGAGGAGAAUCCUAUAAGUCCUCAGAUGUGCCUGCAUCCACCAUGACGUUGAGUUCUAACCAGAAGAUGCCUGCUGAGGAGGGUUCUGGAGACCAUGGGGAUACUGCCAGCCUGGGUGCUGUUAACACCAUCUACAGCAGUCCCUUCCCUUCACAAUCACCUGCAUUUCCAGAGGAGCCCUUCACCACCUACUUUGAUGAGAAGAUCUCCAUUCCUGAGGAGGAGUAUUCUUGUUUUAGCUUCCGCAAACUCUGGGCCUUUACAGGGCCUGGCUUCCUCAUGAGCAUCGCUUAUCUGGAUCCAGGGAACAUAGAGUCAGACUUGCAGUCUGGGGCUGUGGCCCAGUUUAAGCUGCUCUGGGUUCUCCUCCUGGCCACCAUAGUGGGGCUCCUGCUGCAGCGCCUGGCCGCCAGGCUGGGCGUGGUCACAGGCCUGCAUCUGGCUGAAGUCUGUCACAGGCAGUAUCCCAAGGUUCCCCGGAUUAUUCUGUGGCUGAUGGUGGAGACGGCCAUCAUAGGCUCUGAUAUGCAAGAAGUCAUCGGAUCAGCUAUUGCCAUCAAUCUCCUGUCUGCUGGAAAGAUUCCUCUGUGGGGCGGAGUUCUCAUUACCAUAGCAGAUACCUUCGUAUUUCUCUUUCUGGACAAAUAUGGUUUGCGGAAACUGGAAGCAUUUUUUGGCUUUCUCAUCACCAUCAUGGCCCUCACAUUUGGAUAUGAAUAUGUUACAGUGAAACCCAACCAGUCCGAGGUCCUGAGGGGCAUGUUCGUGCCCUCUUGUUCAGGCUGUAGCACCCCGCAGGUCGAGCAGGCCGUGGGCAUCGUGGGGGCUGUUAUCAUGCCCCAUAACAUGUACCUGCACUCUGCACUAGUCAAGUCCAGGCAGGUAAACAGAGCCAACAAGCGGGAGGUCCGAGAAGCCAACAAGUACUUCUUCAUCGAGUCCUGCAUUGCUCUUUUUGUCUCCUUCAUCAUCAAUGUCUUUGUCGUCUCAGUCUUUGCUGAAGCCUUUUAUAAUCAAACCAAUAAGCAAGUGCAUGAAAUCUGCGUCAAUAAUAGCAGUCCUCACAGUGACCUCUUCCCUCAAAACGACACCAUGCUGACUGUGGACCUCUACAAGGGGGGAGUGGUGCUGGGAUGUUACUUUGGGCCUGCAGCACUCUACAUCUGGGCAGUGGGCAUCCUGGCUGCCGGACAGAGCUCUACCAUGACUGGCACCUAUUCUGGCCAGUUUGUCAUGGAGGGAUUCCUGAACCUUAGGUGGUCACGGUUUGCACGAGUGAUCUUCACACGUUCUAUUGCUAUCAUCCCAACACUGUUGAUCUCAGUCUUCCAGGAUGUGGAGCAUCUGACAGGGAUGAAUGACUUCCUGAAUGUGCUUCAGAGCUUACAGCUUCCCUUUGCCCUCAUUCCCGUCCUCACAUUUACCAGUUUGCGUCCAGUGAUGAGUGACUUUGCCAAUGGACUGGGCUGGAGGAUCGCAGGGGGGCUCCUCGUUCUUCUCAUCUGUUGCAUCAACAUGUACUUUGUGGUUAUCUAUGUUCAAGACCUGGGGAACCUGGUGCUCUAUGUGGUGGCUGCUGUAGCCUCUGUGGCCUAUCUCUGUUUUGUAUUUUACCUGAGUUGGCAAUGUUUGAUUGCUUUGGGCAUGUCCUUCAUGGACUGUGGACAGACGUUACACCUGGGACUGACUUCCCAUCCUGAACUCUUCCUCCUGAACAACGUCGAUACUGAUUCCAUCCUCUCCAGAUGACAGCCUUAAGAGACUAUUGAAAUAGUAUUUUCAAAAACCCUCAUGCCAAGUGACCUGUUGUGUAAUAACUAUUAGUUCAGAGGUGAGUUUUGUUCAAAGAACUUGAACAAAAAACAGAGAUUUCCUUAUGGGAAGGCUAUUAAAAGCUGACUGCUGUAAGUGGAGGGCAGAGAACCACCCACCUUGUAAAGGUGCAGUCUUGAGACUGGCUUAUUUUGGCCCCUCGCCCUAUGGGCUUGUGUUUGAUUUCUGGCAUUUUUUAAAAGUUGUAAUUUAUAUAAUUAUAUAUAAAGCUAUAAAUACUUAUUUGGGUGGGAUUUUAAAAGUUUUAUAUAAAUUGAUGACUUUAGGUGGCACAGUGGAUAAAGCACUGGCCUUGGAUUCAGGAGGACCUGAGCUCAAAUCCCACUUGACACUAGCUGUGUGACCCUGGGCAAGUCACUUAACCCUCAUUGUGCCGGAAAAAAAAACCCUUAUUAGAUCUCAGAGAAAUCAGAUUACACUGAACUCUGGAUCAAAGGUGAGAAAGGAAAAUUAAUGGUUUUUUUUUAAAGCCGAAUCCAUCAAACAGAAUCUCUUUUAAAAUAAUGCUUCAUAUACGAUGUCAAAGUGGACUGGUUAAAGACCAGACCAUACACUUGAUGUUUGAAAAAAUAUUGUACCUAAUAACUAGCACUUCUCUUUUCCAAAGAAUGUCUGCUACUUCUUUUUUUUUUUUUUUUAGUGAGGCAAUUGGGGUUAAGUGACUUGCCCAGGGUCACACAGCUAGUAAGUGUUAAGUGUCUGAGGCUGGAUCCGAACUCAGGUACUCCUGACUCCAGGGCUGGUGCUCUAUCCACUGCGCCAUCUAGCUGCCCCAAUGUCUGCUACUUCUUGCCUGUUCGAUUUAGGCUUUAAGCUGGAAAACAGCAUAGCGUUUGCUAAGGUCUUUAAUUCACUACUUCCAAAUGUCACAUCCAAGUUGACCAACAGCUCAUCAUCAGUCUUUUUUUUUUUUUUUCAAGUUUCUGGUCAAAAUUCAAAAGCCUUAAUCUUUUAACUUGCGAAGGAAAUUUCUGCUGUUCUUCGGACCUGCCCACCAUUUCAAAUAUUUUCACCUCUUCAUGUAAACAAACACUCCAAAGAGGCCCAAAGGUCUACUUCAUGUGGUUACUCGUGUUUGUUUUACCAAGUGCUAGGCAUGAUCUUAAAUGUAAUCUUUCAGGAGUGAGAUCUGGUUUCUGGGCAUUGUGGCAUAAUGGACAUGACACCUGGAAAUCAGGAGACUUCGGUUUUAGCCACAGCUCACUUAUUUUUGUGACCUUUACCUCUGACUCAGUCUUCACAUGUAAAAUGAAAGACUUGAAUUCCUUCCAGCUCUCCCAUUCUCUGAUUCUGUGAUUAUCACUCCAGCCACUGUGAAACUCCAGGUCAAUCUUCUACCUCUUGACACAGGAGAACACUGUCUGACCCAAGCCCCAUUCAAAAGUUUGUUACAUUUCAAGUCAACAUGUUAAUAAAGCAUCGUCUAAAUUUAUUCACAAUUUUCUUUGUUAUCUAACCAAGAGCCUGGGCUUCCCUUAUCAGGAUUGUAGCUUGAACUUUGUUUUAAGCUUGAACAUUCCCUUACAUGUCAGGAAUUCUAGAAAUUCUGGAGCAUUUGUAGCAUGCUGGUUGUUUUUCAACAGUAGAAAUAGUAUGGAGAAUGAGGUUGAAAUUUACCAAGUGUUUGAACCAUUUAUGUUAAGUCUUUCAUUCUGUAAAAUAUUUACUAAAUGCCUGUCGUGUUUCCAUGACCCCAUUAAACCUGGGGUUGAGCCUUAAGAUGGGGUCUCUGACCUCGAGGAGUUUCCAAUCUAGUAAACCAUAAUGUAAAAUUGACUCUGAAUUGGUCUUUUUGAGCUCAGAGAGUUCCUUUGUGACAAUUUGAGUACGUCCAUUAAUUUUUGAAAAGUUUUGAUCUAAGUUGUUCAUUUUUAUAAAUGUACAUGUUUCCUUUGUUAAGUUGCUCUUCACUACUUAGCCAAAGAGUGGUCGGAAAAAAGCAUGAGAUGGAGAACAUCAAAACCACCAGGCUUCCUAUUUGUGGCUCUUAUAAUAAUUGUUUUUCCAACAUAAGGUUUAGGGAAUUCCUGUCAAUUCCGCCUGUUUUCCAUUGGAAUGGAUAAUUAAGAAUAAGUCUAUUUUAGUGGCAUACCUCUCAUUUUACAUAAUGACAGAAUUCCUUGUCAUGGCACUUUUUGUAACCUGAAUCAUUUCAAAUGCUCUGGAAUUGUAGAAUCACUUGGGACCUUCCACCCCUUGCCAAACUUCUACAAUGUCCGUGACUGGCAUCCUACAAUAAAUUACUACUUCCAAAGGCAUCUUGGACAGCC